AUGAUAGUAGAUGCGACCGCAGGGCAUGAACUCCUCAGUUUCAUGGAUACUUUCUCCGGAUACAACCAGAUUCUGAUGCAUUCGGAUGACCAGGAGAAGACAGCCUUCAUCACCGAGAGGGAAACCUACUGUUACAAAGUGAUGCCAUUUGGAUUGAAGAACGUUGGGGCCACCUACCAACGUCUGCCAGGCAUUCACCGUUCUCCGGAAGGACAACAUGAAGCUGAACCCAGACAAGUGCUUAUUCGGCGUCUUAUCAGAGAUGUCCAGCGCCUUGCAGGACGAGUGGCCGCCCUGAGCCGUUUCAUCUCUAGAUCAGCUGAUAAAUGUCACCUAUUCUUCCACGCCCUCAAGAAGUCCAAGAAUUUUGACUGGAACCUUACCUGCGAAGAAGCCUUACAACAGCUGAAGAGGUAUCUGACCACACCACCACUUCUUUCCAAACCUGUGGACGGGGAGAAGCUCUACUCCUACCUAGCGGUCUUAGAGACAGCCAUCUCGGCAGUACUAGUUCGAGAAGAAGAAUCAAAGCAAUUACCAGUCUACUACGUGAGCAAGUCGCUUCUCGACGCAGAAACGCAGUACAGUCAACUGGAAAAACUGGCCCUCACCCUCGUCCAUGCGUCCAGAAAGCUCAGGCCGUACUUUCAGUGCCACCCCAUUGUUGUAAUCACCUCCUUCCCACUCAAGAAGAUAGUACACAAACCAGAACUAUCAGGCCGACUCAUGCAAUGGAUGGUAGAACUUAGUGAGUUCGAUAUAGCCUACCAAUCCUGUACCGCCGUCAAGUCCCCAGCUCUGGCAGACUUCAUUGCCGACUUCACACCAAGCACCACCACUCAGGCCGAAAGAGAAUUACUAUGCAUGAACGGCGCACCACUCUUAAAGUGGACUCUCCUAGUAGACGGAUCGAGCAAUGUCAAUGGAAGCGGACUCAGAAUAGUACUGAUCGCACCAGAGGGAGACAUCAUCCAGCGAGCAAUCCGGUGUGGGUUCAAGUGCAUGAAUAACGAGGCCGAAUAUGAAGCCCUCCUAGCAGGACUUUCUUUGGCCAGAGAAAUAGGAGCCAAGAGACUAGAAGUGAAGUUGGACUCCCAACUCGUAGUCAAUCAACUACAAGGUACGUAUCAAGCACGUGAUUCAAAGAUGACAUCCUAUCUGAGCAUGGUCAAAGAGCUGCAGACCGAAUUCGAAGAGUUUUCAAUAGUAUAG